AUGGCAGCCAAGGGAGUAAAGAAUCGAGACAAAGCAAGCGAUGAUGCGUCGAAGUCCCAUCUUCGAACUGAAGAUCUCUACGCAAUCGUCACCUGGCUUGAACAUCCACCUAACUUCGUGAAGUGCUUUGGGACAACCGGGAAGCCCUCAGUGGGGAAACAGUCGACGAAAACCAGCGGUUUCAAGGAGAUGGCCAACACUCUGUUCACUAGCAGCAAGGGGAAGUUUAAUCUUAAGCCUCAUCAAAUGCGCAACCGCUUUACUACAUACAAGGUGCGGUACCUACGUACGAAAAGAGUAUGA